CGGCAGGGAGGGGGACGGGGGUGGUGGAGGACGCUCCGCGGCGCCGCUGCCAUGGGGAAGUCGGAUUUCCUCAGUCCGAAGGCUAUCGCCAACCGCAUCAAGUCCAAGGGGCUGCAGAAGUUGCGCUGGUACUGUCAGAUGUGCCAGAAGCAGUGCCGGGAUGAGAAUGGCUUCAAAUGUCAUUGCAUGUCUGAGUCCCACCAGAGGCAAUUGUUGCUGGCUUCUGAAAAUCCUCAGCAAUUCAUGGAUUACUUUUCUGAGGAGUUCCGAAAUGAUUUCCUAGAACUACUCAGGAGGCGAUUUGGAACAAAAAGAGUGCACAAUAAUAUUGUGUACAAUGAAUAUAUCAGCCAUCGGGAGCACAUCCACAUGAAUGCCACACAGUGGGAGACACUGACUGAUUUUACUAAAUGGCUGGGGAGAGAAGGUCUUUGCAAGGUUGAUGAGACUCCAAAGGGCUGGUAUAUUCAAUAUAUUGAUAGGGACCCAGAGACUAUUCGCAGGCAACAAGAACAAGAGAGGAAGAAGAAACAGGACCUUGAUGAUGAAGAAAAAACUGCUAAAUUCAUUGAACAGCAAGUCAGAAGAGGUUUGGAGGGGAAAGAACUGGAAAAGCCAGUCUAUACUGAGCUGAACAGAGAAAAUGAAGAAGAAAAAGUUACAUUUAAUUUAAACAAAGGAGCAAGUACUUCAAUAGCAGCAUCUUCUAAAACAAGCAGUGUCCUUGGACCGAAUGCACUGAAGAUGGUGGAGGGGGCAGUUAAAAGGAAAGAAUCAGCUCAUAGCUCUGGUCAGUCCAAAGAGAAAAAGAAGAAAUCUGCACUGGAUGAGAUUAUGGAGCUUGAAGAGGAGAAGAAAAGGACAUCUCGAAGAGACUACUGGUUGCAGCCUGAAAUCGUUGUAAAAAUUGUAACAAAAAAGCUUGGAGAGAAGUAUCACAAGAAGAAGGCAGUUGUUAAGGUAGUCCAAGGCUCAGCGGUCUCUGGCAAGAGUGCCAAAGGCAACACCCGGGAAGUGAUUGACAAAUAUACAGCAGUUGUGAAGAUGAUUGAUUCUGGAGACAAACUGAAGCUGGAUCAGACACACCUGGAAACUGUAAUACCCGCACCAGGCAAGAAAGUGAUGGUGUUAAAUGGUGGUUACAGGGGAAACGAAGGCAUCUUGGAAUCUAUCAAUGAAAAGAGGUUUUCAGCAACAAUAAUCAUCGACUCUGGACCUUUAAAAGGACGCCGAGUUGAAGAUAUCCAGUACGAAGACAUUUCCAAACUCGCCUGAGGCAUUAAUCGGGGAUCAGAGAAGAUUUUGGUUCCUAAAAACAUCUUUCUGGCAUCUUGCAGGCAGACACAAGACUCUACUGUGUCAGGGUUUUAAUUGUGUGUGUGUGUAUGUAUUUAUAAUGUAUAUAGAAAUUAACCACAAGAGAACUGGGUUUAUUUAAAGAUCACUAUGGAUUUGUUACAUAAAAUGUUUGUGGAAAUCUUAUCAGUGGAAAUAUUUCAUCUGAUUCUAUAUCAAAGUUAUGUUAUAAUCUUUGGUUCGAUUUUCUUUUGUGAAAUGUAGCAGGCAGCUGCGAGCUGGAGUAUUUUAUUUACUGAAGAACGUUAGCAGUUCCGUAAGAGAGAGAAUUACCUACAAAUAGCUGCUUGAGGCAGGCAGUGUGUGUAGGAGCCAGUGGAGUUUAAACAACACACUUCUCAAUCCACAGCCAAAAUUGAGGCUGCAGGAACAAGGGAAGGGAUUAAGAAGGUAACAGUGCUGCAAGGGAUUAUUUUCCUGGAUGUUGUAAGGAUGAUCUGGUUUAUUAAGUGCUGUCACCAACUCGUUUUUGGUUAGCACAUCAGCGGUGGUAGAAUGUGAGUCAUCACUCCUCCAUCAUCUUGUUUGUCAGGGUUCCUAAUUAUAUUAAUAUGCAAUUUAUCUUCAUAUGGACUCCAAGAUGGAUGUUACUUGUGGGGUUUCUAGGCUGCUGACCAAAGCUGUUUUGGUUUUCCAGAGCCUUUUCCGUUGUUCGUGCUUCCAUUGUUGCUCUGCUACGUGAGUAACAUUACUUAUGCUAAAUGACGUAACAUUACUUUUUAAUUUUUCUUUUUAAAAAUGCCACAUUUUGUACAACCUUUAAUUUCUAAGGCAGUUCAGGAAUAAACAUAAAACCUUUCUUA